AUGGGGUUCGCCGCGAGGAUGUUGCGCAAGAUCGUCAAGAACGAGGCCAUGGCCACGGAUCCCGAAGAGAUCUACAACUGGCGUGUGUUGCUGCUCGCCUUCUCGGCCUGCUUCGGUGCCAUGUCCUUUGGCUGGGACUCGUCCGUCAUCGGCGGUGUCAUUGUGCUCGACCCCUUCGUCCACGAUUUCGGUCUCGGCGAUAAGAAGUCCGUCGCCACGGCCAACCUCGCCGCCAACAUCGUUUCGACCCUCCAAGCCGGCUGCUUCCUCGGUGCCCUGAUUGCCUCCCCCCUGACCGACCGGUUCGGCCGCAAGUGGUGCCUCAUCGGCAUCUCGAUUGUCGUCAUCAUCGGCAUCAUCAUGCAGUCGGCCGCCCUCGGCAACCUGGGUCUCAUGUAUGCCGGGCGCUUCAUCUCGGGCGUUGGCGUCGGCGCCGCCUCGACCGUCAACCCCAUCUACGUGUCCGAGAACUCGCCGCGCGGCAUCCGCGGCCUCCUCACGGGCCUGUACCAGCUCUUCAUCGUCACGGGCGGCAUGCUGGCGUUUUGGAUCAACUACUCGGUCAGCAUCAACUUCCCCACGACCAGGAUCAUGUACAUCUUCCCGCUGGCCAUCCAGGCGCUCCCGGCCCUGUGCCUGUGCUGCUGCAUGCUGCUGUGCCACGAGUCCCCCCGCUGGCUGGCCCGCCAGGACCGCUGGGAGGACUGCAAGCGCGUGCUGGCCAAGAUCCGCCACCUGACGCCCGACCACACCUACGUGCAGGACGAGUUCCAGGAGAUCCAGGAUGCCCUCGAGAAGGAGCGCCGCGAGAUUGGCGACGCCACCUUCUGGAACCUGCAGCGCGAGAUGUGGACCAUCCCCGGCAACCGCAAGCGCGUGCUCAUCUCCAUCACCCUCAUGAUUUGCCAGCAGAUGACGGGCACCAACGCCAUCAACACGUACGCGCCCACCAUCUUCCAGAACUUGGGCCUGACCGGCACCUCGACCUCGCUCUUCAGCACGGGCAUCUACGGCAUCGUCAAGGUCUGCAGCUGCAUCGUCUUCCUGCUCUUUAUGGCCGACUCGCUCGGCCGCCGCCGCAGUCUGCUGUGGACCUCGAUUGCUCAGGGUCUCGCCAUGUUCUACAUUGGUCUUUACGUGCGCAUCGCCCCACCCAAGCCGGGCCAGGACGUGCCACCCGCCGGCUACUUUGCCCUCGUCUCCAUCUUCCUGUUUGCUGCCUUCUUCCAAUUCGGCUGGGGCCCGGCCUGCUGGAUCUACGCCAGCGAGAUCCCCGCCGCCCGCCUGCGCUCCCUCAACGUCUCGUACGCCGCCGCCACCCAGUGGCUCUUCAACUUUGUCGUGGCGCGCGCCGUGCCCACCAUGCUCGUCACCGUCGGCAGCGACGGCUACGGAACCUACCUCAUCUUCGGCAGCUUCUGCUUCGCCAUGUUCGUCUUUGUCUGGUUCUUCGUGCCCGAGACAAAGGGCAUCUCGCUCGAGCACAUGGAUAAGCUGUUUGGUGCCACCGACGUGUCCGAGAAGACGCUCGCCGCCGAGGAGGAGGCCAGGGAGAAGGAGCAGGUGGCGCCGCGCGCCCGCGAGACCGAGGUUGCUUAG